GCUGGAAACUGUCUUCCGAGUUCCGAUCGGUGAUGGACUCUGUUUUUGUUUUCUGAAAAUAUCAAUAUUAGAAGCAAAAUCCAAAGACAAUUUCAAAUAUUUGAGAAAAUAAUAUUAUAUUGCAUUUUAUUCUAAAUAUUUUAUGUAUAGUAUUUCAAUCCUUUGUGAUGAAAGUGUUUAGUUCAAUUUUAAAGCUUAUUAAAAUUAUGCAGUGAUCUUUACUAAUAUGUUUUCACCGUGUUCAUUAGGGUUAAAUAGAAUAUUCUUUUGAGAGAAUGUCUAAAACAUUUAUUCGCCCAAUAUAUGGAAGAACCUCUACUUGUGCUUUUAGAAGUCGUUUGCAAGAGAGAAAAGUCAAAGCUCAGCGGAAGGAACACGUUCGCAAGACAGAUAAACCUGACGAUUUUAUUUUAUAUGAAAACAGUGAUAGUGAGGACGAUCUUAUAAUGAGUGAAAGUGAACUUUUAAAUACCUCGUUUAAUUUUGUUGAUUAUGUCAAGAAUCGAGAAAUACAUAGGAAGUACUAUUCUAUUAAUAGAGAAUAUGGUGCAAGGCAUAUUUUAUCACAUGAAAUGUUUAGAGAAACUCCACUUAAUUUUGGAAAUGCAAAUAAAGUGUUCUGUUCUCAAUGGCUUUCUGAUCGACAAAUAGUUUUUGGAACUAAAUGCAAUAGGGUGAUGGUCUAUGAUGUUUCUACACAUAAGUUAGACCACAUUCCUUCACUCUUAAGCUCAAAAGAUCCACACACAAGAGCAGAUGUUCAACAAACAGGAAUUUAUACAGUUGAAAUAAAUCCUUCCCAUACUCUACUUUCCACAGUUUCUAGGAAUGGAUGUGAUGUAGCUGUUUAUAAACUUCCGACAUUAGAUCCAGUAUGUGUAGGAGAAGGUGCUCAUAAGGACUAUAUUUAUGACUUGGCUUGGAUCGAUGAUGAAUUUUUAGUAUCAGGAUCUAGAGAUACAAAGUUAGCUUUGUGGAGGAUAAAGCCUAGUCUAGCAGAUCGUAGAAUGGACAUUCCAGUACACUGUAGCAUUGCAGCAACUUCAAUAAGACAAUGUAAAAAUUCGCAAAAAAUUAGAUCAGUAUGUUAUAAUAAGCCUUUCAGUGAAUUAGCUGCUUUAAGUUUGAAUGGUUUUAUACAUAUUUGGGAUGCUCUAACAUUUAGGCAAAAGAUAUCUAGAAAAUUGCCAUCUGCCCAAGAAAAUGUCUGCCUAACUGCACAAAAAGAAGGAUCUAAUUUAUAUGCUGUUGGAUGCAGGUCAUACACUCUUCUUUUAGAUUCAAGAACAUUGCAGUCUGUUAAAAAAGUCUCAUCUAGAUAUACAGGAUGUGGAAUAAGAUCUGCUGGUUUUCAUGGUGAUAUCCUUACGAUGGGUACUGGUGUAGGCAUGCUAUUAUUCUACGAUAUAAAGGCUGGUAAAUAUCUAGAUUCCUGCAUUAAUUCUUCCAGAAGUGUUAUUCUCAAAGCGAGUAAAAGUACAGUUUUUCCAGAAGAGGAAUACAAUGAGCAUGUACAAACUCUUAGGCAACAUCCAUCUAUUUAUACUCACUGUUAUGAUGCGACAGGGACAAGACUGUUUACAGGUGGGGGACCCUUGCCAUCUGCCCUCAACGGCCAUUAUGCAGCGGUAUGGCAGUGAAUCAAAUAAACAAUUUAAAAAAAAAAAAGUACAAAAUUUCCCAUUUUGUUCGAAGAUUGCGAAUAUGCUCUCUUGGUCCACACCAAUUUCAAAAAGGAGACCAUUGAUCUAUCCUAUUAGUUUCAAUUGUCAGAGGAGUAAAACGUCAUAUCCAAAAUGAUAACAAAAUUUCUAACGAUUUACAACAUUUCAGUUGUAUAAUUGAACAAUUUCAACAUUUUUCUGGUCGAUUGAAAGGGAUCAAAUAAUUUGACGAAAAGGUCAAUCUAAUUUUUCCCCUCUGAGUGAUUUUUAUUUAUUGAAGACUCAAGUGUCAACAAUGUUUAUUGUAUAUACAUACAUAUAAGUUUUCUUUUUGUUUUAAAUCAAUUUAUUUAUUAUAUUUGUGCAAUUGUAUUAAUAAACUGGAUGGAUGAAUUCAA